AUGACUGUGGCCUUUGUCGUCAUCAUCGGCACUUGCGACACCAAGCUCCAGGAACUGAUUUUUCUCAAAGACCAGAUUCAAGAUGGCACUACUGUCAUGCCGUUUAUUAUAGACGUUGGACGAAACCCAGUUGAACACGAGGCCAUCAAUACCUCUCAGGCCAAGCUCCUAUCAAGCCAUGGCGAUGGAGCUGAUGUCUCAAACAUGCCAAGGGCCGAGUUCGUAGAGCUCAUGGCUCGCUGUGCUACCAAGGCAAUUCGGAAUAUGUAUGAAGCAGGCAUGGUUGACGGCAUCAUCUCGGCGGGAGGUUCCAGCGGCACGGCUCUCGCAGCAGCUAUCAUGCGCGAUGCCGUCUUCCCUGUUGGGCUUCCCAAGCUCAUUGUCUCGACAAUGGCGAGCGGCGACACACGGCCCGUGGUUGGCGAGACGGACAUAACUCUGAUGCACUCCGUCGUGGACAUUGCUGGGCUGAAUCCCAUUUUGCGAGACAUCUUGAGCAAUGCCGGCGCGGCCAUUGCCAACAUGGCUCUGUCCCACGCCGCCAGAAAGGAAAAGAAGAUGGAAGAUGCAGCGGCAGAGUCAAUCAAGAAGUGGCGGGUGGGCAUCACCAUGUUUGGCGUCACAACGCCUGGGGUCGAUGCCAUCCGCGCCCAUCUCGAAUCCAACUACACUGUCGAAACGUAUGUUUUCCAUGCCGUUGGCACUGGCGGCCGAGCAAUGGAGCGGCUCAUCCGCGAAGGCCAGCUCGACGCAAUCAUUGAUCUCACGACAACUGAAAUCUGCGAUCAUCUGGGUGGCGGAGUUCUUUCGGCGGGAGGAGAACGGCUGGAAGCCGCUGUUGAGGCCAGUCUGCCCAAUAUCGUAUCUCUGGGUGCUCUUGACAUGAUCAACUUUGGCCCAAGGGAUACGCUGCCUAAGAAGUACGAGGACAGAGUCAUCUAUGAGCAUAACCCGACUGUCACGCUGGUGAGGACUUCGCCGGAUGAGUGCCGUGAAAUCGGAGGCUUCAUCGCCGAGAAGCUCAAGAAGACCAAGAGGUCGGACAUGAUAGAAGUGUGGAUUCCCAAGGGAGGCGUCAGUGUGCUUGCGGUGCCUGGAGGCGUGUUUGAGGAUCCUGAGGCGGACAAGGUGCUGUUUGAGGCGAUCAAAACAGGAUUAUAUGGGAGUGGGAUAAAAAUUGUUGAGGAUGAGAGAGACGUUAAUGACAAGGGCUUUGCACGGGAUAUCGCAGAGGCUUUGGCUGCGAAGUUGGGGGUGCAGAAGAGCGAUAGCUGA